ACUGACUUUUGGGGGCGUGGCCUUUAACUGACAGACAGGAAGCAAAGAGGCAGAGCAGCAGGCUGAAGAGUCUGCUCCAACAGCAGACUGCCGUGUGAAGAAGAGCAGACUUUACCUGACAGCUCAUCAUGGACACUUUAGAGCCCAUCUGGUCCACCUUCUCAGGGAUUUACACCCUGGCUGAAAACGUGAAGGCCAACAAAAAGCGCUGCCAGCGGAUUUCGGUCCGAGUCAAAGCCCUCGAGGAUGUAGUGAAGUCCAUCACAGAGUUCUCUCCAGAGGUAGAGAAAGCCGUCGAGGAGCUGAUCCUAACUCUGGAGUCAACACAGAGGCUAAUUGAAAAAUACACGGCAGCCAACUUGGUGGAGCGCAUCCUGAAAUCGGGCAGCCACGGAGAAGAGUUUGAUACGGUGAGCGAGCGGCUCAACGAUGCUUACCAGGCCCUGUGUCUAGCUCUGCAAUCAGAGCAGAGCAAGAUGCUGUACGAGGUGUUUAGACAGAGAGAGACAGAAGACGAAAUGGACGGGAAGGAGGACGACACGGAGAUGACCAAAUUGCUGAUGGACUACAUGAAAGAGCAGCAGGAGAAAACCAACACCAUACUGAGACAGCUGGACAAAGUGGUGCAGAUGUUGAAUAAGCCCAGUUUCAGCAGCGUGGCUGUGCGACAGAUUAAACCAGAUGAACUGAAGUAUCAACAUCCCAAAAAGCCCUUCAAGACAACAGCGAGCUGCGAGCUCUACAAAGGAGAAUAUCAGGGAUUCCCAGUGGCCAUCAAGAGAUACCUCGACCCCAUGAACACCAGUGCACGAGACGUGAAGUCUAUUUUCAACAAGGAAGUCGACACCAUGAAGCAGUUUGAGUCGCUCAACAUCCUGCGAAUGUUUGGAAUCUGCAUCCAGGAUGAGAACGGACCCAAGCCUCAGUUCUUCAUCAUCAUGGAGUACUGUGAGAAAGGAAGUCUUCGCCAGGUUCUGGACUCUGACCUCACUCUGACCUGGAUCAGGAAAGCUCACAUGUGUUUGGAUGCAGCACGAGGACUCUAUCGACUGCACAACACAGAGGAAAAAUGGAGGGUUCACGGGUCCAUCAACAGCAGCAAGUUCCUGGUGACUAAACACUACACCGUCAAGCUGGGAGGUUUCAGGCUGUCGAAAACAGAGACGUCUCUGAAAAGGCAGACGGAGGACAGAGCCGUGAGGUCGCUGUGCUACCACUGUCCCGAGAAGUUCCACGACGCCAGCUUCAGCUACUGCAAAGAGUGGGAGAUGUACAGUUUUGGAAUCAUCCUGUGGGAAAUUGUAACCUGUAAGAAUCCUUUUGAAGGUUUUUCAGAUGAAAAAAUUUAUCAGGUGGUGUAUGAAGAGAAGUAUCAAGAGCCGCUUCCCGAUGACUGUCCUGCAGAACUGGGACAGCUGAUCAACGAGUGCCGGGCCUACGACGGCUUCCAGAGGCCAUCAGCUGGAGUGCUGCUGGAUAAACUGCGCAGUGUGGUGACACAACUGGAGGAACAACAAGACUGAUUAGAAUCAUCCUGAAGAGGAAACACAACGUGUUGAUUUUAACUUUUGUUAAACAAAC